AUUCAUCUGCAGCUUGUCCUGUUUUAUUCCUUUCUAAGUUUUGUAAAAUGUUUAGUUGAAUGCAUUAGAUUUGGUUUUUACGACCAUAAAAUGACAAUUUUACCGUGUUUCCUCGAUCGUUUCCGCGCUAUUCAUGAUACUGAAGCGGUAUAGAUGUAAUCAAUUCAUGUGUGUCGUACUGUCGUCUCGGUCGUUUUUUCUUUACAAUAAGUAUUAAUAGCUUUGAGUAAAAUGUCGAAGAGACCAGCUGAGAAUUCCGAUGGCAGUGGGCAGCCUCCUGUUAAAAAGGUCCAGUUUGAGCCAAUGCGUAUUGGACCAAUUUCAACCCUUGAAGAAAUGGACAUGAAAGUUUUGCAAUUUCAGAACAAGAAACUUGCCCAGAGACUUGAACAACGCCAGAGAGCAGAAGCUGAGUUGAGACAAAGAAUUGAACAGCUUGAGAAAAGGCAAACUCAAGAUGAUGCUAUGCUUAAUGUGGUAAAUAGAUAUUGGAAUCAAUUGAAUGAAGAUAUCAGAGUCCUACUUCAACGCUUUGAUGCUGAGACAGCAGAUGAAUCUGAAAACAAAAAUGAAAAUGAAGCAACAACUUCAUUUUUGAUGCAACUGUCCACAUGGGAUAAAGAGGAACUAGAUGAAAAGCUUGCCAAUAGAGUUCAAGUUUCAAAGAGAGCUGUGGCCAAGGUCAUACAGGCCUUUGACAGAUUAGGACAACGUAAUGAAAAGAUUACCCUCGCUUUGAAAGGGGAGCUAGAUGGAGAUGAAGCCCCUAAUAUGGAUGAGACGAUUCGGCAGGCAAAUAUAGAAGUUCAAGCAGAGAACCGUAAUUUGCAAGCUCUCAACACCUCAUUACAUGAGAAGUAUCACACUAUAUCAUUAAAACUUGCUGAACUUCAAGAUCAAAUAAAUGGGAAAGAAACUGAAGCUGCAGAACUGCGUAAUCAAAUUGACGAUUUGCAAUAUGAAUAUCAGAAGGUUUCACUGAGAAACGACAAAUUAGAAACUUCUUUAGCUGACGCCAUUGAGCAGUUGAAAACUUACCAACAAAUGCAGCAACAACAACAAGUUAAUGAAGGUAGUUCACAACCCAAACCUGUAAAUGUUGUCUCCACAGUGUCCCAAAAAAAGGUUGAAGAUUUACAAAAGGAGUGUGAAGAGCUUCGAGAACUCUCAAACAAUAGGCUGCAGGAGCUUGAUAAACUGCACAUGCAACACAGAGAGACACUUAAAGAAGUUGAAAAGCUGAAAAUGGAUAUAAGGCAACUUCCAGAGAGUGUUGUUGUUGAAACUACCGAAUACAAAUGUCUCCAAUCUCAAUUUUCUGUUUUAUACAAUGAGUCAAUGCAAUUAAAAACACAGCUAGAUGAAGCAAGGCAGCAAUUACAAGGUAGCAAAAAUGCUCAUCUACGUCAAAUAGAAAUGAUGGAGAGUGAAGAGCUUUUGGCACAAAAGAAGCUCCGCACUGAAGUCAUUCAAUUAGAGGAUCUUCUAGCCCAACUUCGUAAAGAGUAUGAAAUGUUACGCAUUGAAUUUGAACAAAAUCUUGCAGCUAAUGAACAAACAGGGCCAAUUAAUCGUGAGAUGAGGCACCUUAUCACCUCUCUUCAAAACCAUAACCAGCAAUUAAAGGGUGAGGUCCAUCGCUACAAAAGGAAGUACAAAGAGGCCAAUAGUGAAAUCCCAAAGUUGAAGAGAGAAAUUGAAGAACUUCAGCAAAAAUUAGAAGAACAUGCAGCUUCUGAAAAACAAGAAUGUGCAUCAAGUGAAUCUUCCGUCAAAGAGGAAGAAGAAGCAAGCUCAGACCUCUCAGCAAGCGUAAAAGAUGAAACUAUGUCCAUUAAAAAGGAAGGGAGUGGCGAUGAAAAUGAGCAGCCAGAAGAGCCUGAAAUCGACCCUUCAUCCAUGGAUACGUCUCUUAUGUCCCCCAAAGACACUAAAGACAUCAAGCCGGGUGCGCCUGUCCCAGCUCAGCCUGGUGCUCAGGCCCAGCCUACUGCUCGACCAACUCAAGGUGCCACUCCAACACCUGGAGCUGUAAACGAUGUCAAGAAAGAGGUGAAAUGUGAACCAGACCCACAACGGCCGAAAGAUGCCAAGGGACCUGAAUCAGAUUUAGUUCGUGAGCUACGUGGUCAAUUGAAGAAAGCUCUUAAUGAUCAAAAGGAAAUGAAGCUACUCCUGGAUAUGUACAAAGGAGUUAGCAAAGAGCAAAGAGACAAAGUUCAGUUAAUGGCACAAGAAAAGAAAAACCGUGCAGAACUGGAAGAGUUGCGCCAACAAAUAAAAAAGAUUCAGGAAAGCAAACGUGAAGACAGAAAGAAAUUGGCUGAUGAAGAUGCUAUGCGUAAAAUAAAACAGUUGGAAGAUCAAGGUUAUCAGCUUCAAAAGCAAUUGGCAACUCAUAAACAGGAAGAAGAGGCCUUGUUGAAUGAAAUGGAGGUAACAGGACAAGCCUUUGAAGAUAUGCAAGAGCAAAAUUCAAGGCUUAUUCAACAGCUUAGGGAAAAAGAUGAUGCUAAUUUUAAAUUAAUGACUGAAAGAAUCAAAUCAAAUCAACUUCAUAAAUUAGCAAGAGAAGAAAAAGAUGUAUUGAAGGAACAAGUAAUGACAAUGACUACUCAAGUAGAAGCUACCAAUCAGGUAGUCCGCAAGCUAGAAGAAAAAGAACGAAUACUUCAAAAUUCUCUGGCAACUGUGGAGAAAGAGCUUGCUUUGCGGCAGCAAGCAAUGGAAAUGCACAAGAGAAAGGCUAUUGAGAGUGCUCAAUCUGCUGCAGAUUUAAAACUUCAUCUAGAAAAGUACCAUGCUCAGAUGAAAGAAGCGCAACAAGUUGUUACUGAGAAGACUAGCUCUCUUGAAGCAGAGGCUUAUAAAACCAAGAGACUUCAGGAAGAGAUUGCACAGCUACGUCGCAAAGCAGAAAGGAUGAAGAAGAUAGAGCUAGCAGGCACUUUGGAUGAAGUAAUGUUAGAGGAAAUUAGGGAGUAUAAGGAAACGCUUACAUGUCCAUCCUGUAAAGUUAAACGCAAAGAUGCUGUCCUCUCCAAGUGUUUCCAUGUCUUUUGCUGGGACUGUCUUAGAACAAGAUAUGAAACGAGGCAGCGCAAGUGUCCAAAAUGUAACGCAGCUUUUGGUGCUAAUGACUACCAUCGUUUGUAUCUUUCUACAUAAUCUUAAAGACUUAAUUUAAAUUUUUUGAAAAUAUUUUAGCCAAUCUAAAUCAGAUUACAUUUUCUAUCUGAUUCAUUGUGAUAUCCUAUGCCUAAUUUGUUAGGAGACAUAGAUAGCUAUGUUCUUUGGGUUCCGACCUAGUUCAGACUUGAUCAGAAUGGCAAUCAAAGUUGGUUUAUUCAUAUCGGCAGUAUGGUGACUUAAGUCUUCCUUGAGGGUCCCGUGCGUAAUAUGAUGUUUAUAACAGGACCAAAUCUUCCUGUAGUAUUAUAUUUUCUAAAGUUUGUUUACAAAUUUUCUCUGUUGUCUAUCAUGUUUCCGUGAACUAAGUCCAGAUAGCAAUACUGUAUUUUUUUCUUUAUUUAAAUCAUUCCUUUUAGGGGAAAGAAGCAUGUCAUCAUUUUCAAUCUCUUGGUUGUAGGAAUGUAUUCUUUGAAUUUCAAUUUUGAGGGAUCAAGGCCAGAAUUUUAGUAAUUAACUUUGCUUUAAAUAUUGUGAAUAAGGGAAUUGCAUUUAACUAGAUACUUCACAUUAGAAGUCAACUUGUAUUCUCAAGUACUACGAAAUAUUCGAGGCAUCCUCAUUGUGGUUUUUCAUUUUUCUAGCCUUUUAAUUAACAAAUUGCAUAUUUCGAGAUCCUUAAGAUGGGAACAAAUUGACCUUUUGAUCGUACCUAUUUAUAUAUACUUGACUUAAGUACUAUGAACCAGUUUCUAAUUCCAACCAUGCAAUGUAAACAAAGCAAUUCAAGUUUCAUGUUAUUUAUUGCUUAAAUUUUAUAUGUUCAUGAGUAGUCGGAGCAGCUCAGCUGUAGUCCAUUUUUCCAUACCUAGAAGUAUUCUCAAGUACUGUGAUAUUUCAUUCUCAAAAUUAUAUCUAUGUAUAUUUGUAUAUGAAUGUGGAAUAGUCCUUGUACAUAACAUGUUACCUAAGCUCAAUUCAGCAUUUGUAAGGCUUCCACUCUCUGAGAUAUUUGUGUCAUUAUCUCUGUAGUCCUUUGAUCCAACAAAGUACCAUGUGGAAGUUUAUACUACUUAUACUAUUAAUGAGAAGAUUAUAGUUCCAAUUUUCUCUUUACAGCUCUUUGCUUCAUGUGGACUCACUUAUAUUAUUGUGAGAAGUCCACUUUAAGACUUUAUGAGGAGAUUUUCCAUGCCUGAUAAUCUCUUCACUAAGUCUCUUGGAAGUCUGUCUUCCUCAAUUCGGUCUGGGAAAAUGGACUUACAAGCUAGGAUUACUUAUGUUUAAGCUUGGCAUGUUUCUGUGUGAGUUGUAUUUGAUGUACAUAUGUGGAACUUUCGUAUCAAAAGAAAUAAAUGCUGUUGGAUGUUCUAGCAUAGACAAA